AUGCGUCCGGGAAAUCUAAAAUUUAAAACAGUUUUUAUUAUUGAAGAUAAAAUUCCUCUUGAAGAAUUUUCACAUAUGAUUUAUACACAAAUAUAUCCAGUUUUUCGUUCCAAAAUGCGUCAUCCUGAAGAUAUAACCAAUCGAAAUAAUUUAUAUCCAAUUAUCCAACAUGCCAAAAUGAUCUGGAUGUCAGAAGCCAUCAGUUUAAAUCCUUUUCAAAGUCAAACAUUUUUUUGGAUUGAUGCUGGUUUUAGUCGAUUUAUUAAAAAAGAAGAGCAGUAUACUCGUCCAUUUCCUGCAUUAAACAAAGUAAAUAUGCUUAUUGCUCAAGAACAAAUGAUCAUUGCUGUCGGUGAAGCAAAUAAGAAAGAUUUAGAUGUAAAAUCUCCCUUAAACAUGGAGGAUGUUUUAGGCACGAACAAAGCCUUCUUUCAAGGAAAAUUUUUUGGUGGUUACAAAAAUACCGUAUACCAGUUGGCCACUGGAACACUUUCAAAUUUUUUUUUGGCACUAUCUAACCAUAUGAUUGAUAAUGAACAAAUUACAAUGUUUCUUACAUACAGACAACAUCCGACACUGUGGUUCCUACGUGAAAGUAACAAAGCUUUUGAUUUUAUGGCCGAUCCGUGA